AUCAAAAUCACAACGAACUAACUAAUUGAUAUCGUACAUUCAUUUCUUUAAUUCUUUACGCAGAGUUUUUCCAUCUGCCUCUGCUUUGCUCCCUAUUAUAACUAAUUUUUGAAACUUCGCGGGAAGAUUUCAAACUAAUUUUCUUUCUGCAAAGAUGAUUCGAGGGGCUGCAAUUUUUCGUAAAUUAUAUCAAUCUUCAGCUUUAUCUUCAAAGGUUACAGCAAGAUACUAUACAGCUCAGGCUGCAACACAGCCUGCAUUUUACAGUGAUGACGAGUCUGCGGAUAUUGACUGGGAUAAUCUUGGAUUCCAUUUGAUGCAAACAGAUUAUAUGUACGUAACAAAGAGCUCUGAAGAUGGAGUUUUUACACAAGGAGAGCUUAAUCGUUAUGGAAAUAUCCAAUUAAGCCCCUCUGCUGGUGUAUUGAACUAUGGACAGGGUUUGUUUGAAGGUACAAAAGCGUAUAGAAGAGAGGACGGACGGAUAUUUCUAUUUCGCCCUCAUCAGAACGCAAUCAGAAUGCAGUUUGGUGCAGAAAGAAUGUGCAUGGCUUCCCCUACCACUGAUCAAUUUGUCGAUGCUGUUAAGCAAACCGCUCUCGCUAACAAGCGUUGGAUUCCUCCUCCUGGAAAAGGGUCACUUUAUAUAAGGCCUCUGUUAAUAGGGAGUGGACCAAUCUUGGGUUUGGCUCCAGCACCUGAGUACACUUUCCUUGUCUAUGCCUGCCCUGUUGGGAAUUAUUUCAAGCAAGGAACAGCGCCACUGAACUUGUAUGUAGAGGAAGACGUUCAUCGUGCCUCACGUGGUGGAGCUGGUGGAGUCAAAAGCAUUACUAAUUAUGCUCCUGUUUUAAAAGCGAUGAAGAAUGCAAAGGAGAAGGGAUAUUCAGAUGUACUAUAUCUUGACGCAGUAACUAAGAAAUAUAUUGAAGAGGUUUCCUCAUGUAAUAUUUUCCUUGUUAAGGGAAAUGUAGUUUCAACUCCAAUAGCCAAAGGAACUAUUCUUGAAGGAGUGACACGAAAAAGCAUUAUGGAGAUUGCACUUGAUCUAGGUUACAAGGUUGAAGAACGUUUAAUUGAAGCUGAUGAAUUGAUUACUGCUGAUGAGGUUUUCUGUACGGGAACUGCAGUUGGUGUUGCUCCUGUUGGAAGUAUUACUUACAAAGGCCAAAGGAUUGAAUAUAAAAUAAGCUCAGACCUAACGUGCAAGCAAUUUUAUUCGAGAUUAGUAGGGAUUCAAAGAGGUGUUAUCGCCGAUGAAAGGGACUGGAUCGUUGAGAUUGAAUGAUCUAUUUUUAGCUAUUCUUUUUGUGAUCAUAUUAGUGCGUGAUCGAGUAAGUUGUAUAUGAUAAUCAACAAUAUGGUACUAAAAAUCUUUGAUGAUAUAUGAAAUUAUACGAGCGAUUGUUAUAAUAACAACUAUUACGUUUCAGUUC